AUGCCCCCAAAGACACUCUUCAUCUACGCGGAAUCGACGGAGAUUCUCUGGGAGACCUGGGGCUUUGAUGACUCAAGCUUCAGUUUCUCCUGGGAAUCCGUCGAGAAUCCAAGUGGAAUUGCUCCUUGUGCGCCGUUAGAGAGCGCUGAGGGAUUUAACUAUCAUAUGGAGCUAUUUUUCAACAAUCUUCUCUACCAGAUGCAAUUGCGUCGCCCCUGGAUGUCAAAAGCACUUGAAAGAUUCUGGAAAAACAUCCAGAUCGCCGAGGAGCAUUUCCAGAAUGAAGGCGAGUGCGACUGGAAGUAUCACACGCCGACAUACGAAGCAUUUGAUUUCAAAGAAUUUGAUCCGACCUUUUCAAAAUGUAAGAAUUUACGAAAUUUUGCCAGCAACGCGAAGCAGUUCCUCGACAAUUUCGUGUGCAUGGAUGGCCAUGAAUUUCCCAGAAGAACGCUGAUCAAAUGGCGCAAACAAGCCGAAAACCUUUCUGAACUUGCCGAUAAGUUGUCGAAUUAUUGGCAACCAAUCAAUUGGGACAACCCACAAGGUGCUACUGAAGUCUGUUAG